AUGGCAGCAAACAGGGCCCUGCCUGAUGGCUUUGGGGAACUCGAGGUGCUGGCUGUGGGAACAGUGCUGCUGAUAGAAGCGAUCUCUGGCCUCAGCCUCAAUGGCCUGACCAUCUUCUCUUUCUGCAAGACUCCAGAUCUACGGACUCCCAUCAACCUGCUGGUACUAAGCCUAGCACUGGCAGACACUGGGAUCAGCCUGAAUGCCCUUGUCUCAGCUGUAUCCAGCCUCCUCCGGUUCAUGAUAUCCAUUGCUUUCCACAGGCGCUGGCCAUACGGUUCAGAGGGCUGCCAGGCUCAUGGUUUCCAGGGAUUUGCAACUGCCCUGGCCAGCAUCUGUGGCACUGCAGCCCUUGCCUGGGGUCGCUACCAUCACUACUGUACCCGUAGGCAGUUGACAUGGGACACGGCCAUUCCUCUGGCGCUGUUUGUGUGGCUAUCAUCUGCCUUCUGGGCAUCCCUGCCCCUGCUGGGCUGGGGCCAUUAUGACUAUGAGCCCUUGGGGACAUGCUGCACACUGGAUUAUUCUAGGGGUGACAGAAACUUCAUCAGUUUCUUCUUCAUCAUGGCCUUUUUCAACUUCCUUGUUCCUCUCUUCAUCACAAUCAUUUCCUACCAGCUCAUGGAACAGAAAUUCUCCAGGAGUGGCCAUCUCCAGGUGAACACCACUCUGCCAGGCAGGAUGCUGCUGCUGGGCUGGGGCCCCUAUGCCCUCCUGUACCUAUAUGCAACCAUCGCAGAUGUGAACUUCAUCUCUCCCAAGUUACAGAUGGUGCCUGCCCUCAUUGCCAAGACCAUGCCCACAAUCAAUGUCAUCAACUAUGCCUUGCACAGCGAGCUGGUCUGUAGAGGAAUCUGGCAGUGCCUGUCUCCACAGAAAGGCAAGCAGGACAGGACCCAGUGA